CGCACUCGAAGGCCUAUUCCAGUCAUCUAUAAUCUAACUAGAGCUAUACCCCGCUACAUAGCUAUACCCUGAACCCAUAGGACCAAAUGCUGCCGAUCACCGAGUUCGCGUUUGCAGGUAUCGCGACGUUCGCUGCGACGCUGGGAUAUGCGUGCGUGCGCAACAUGUCCGUGUACUCCCGCAGUGCAAGCGCAAGACAUCAAUCUAUGGACGUGGGCAUGUCCGGAUCGCCUGGGGCGAGUGGCACAACACCCGAGAACCCGUCUCCGACGCUCAAGAGGAAGCUGGAGGACGAUGCAGAGUCGGAUACUGAGCGUCCCCAGAAACGCAACAAGACUCCCCCCACGGAAAGGGAAGGGUAUGAUGACAACGAGAAAGUAUACCAGGUGAUCUAUGAGCUUUCCGAAGAGAAGAGGUUCACUCCAGAGCCCCAAAACGUUGAAGUGGACAACGUGGUCGUCGAUAUCAUCGAACCUGUGGCCAUGGAGGAGACAGCAGCCGUCGAGGCUCCCUUCUCUCCAGCGACUCCAGUCAUCGUGGCUGUCGCACCUAGGGCUCCUAGCCCUGAAGUUGUCCAGGAAGCGAUCGCAGCUGCCCAGAGAGAGACCAGCGUUCCCGCGGAUAACGCUCCUCAGCCUGCCGCAGAGCCGAUCGUUGAAGAGUCCCCUGCUAUUUCGGAGCCUGCCCCCGCCUCUGCCCCCGCUGUGGUUGAGAGACCGGUUACGCCUCCCGCUCCGUUUACCCCUGCCAAACAGACCCCAAAGGCCUUCGCAGCUUUCGCUAGCGCCUCCUCGCCCUUUAUGCUCGGCUCUGCCUCGCCAAUCUCCGCGCCCGCCUGGAAGCAGAGCGCCAACGUCUUCGCGAGCUCAGCCAUCGCCUCUCCCAACGACACUUUCGGGUCCGCGUUCUCGAGAGGGAAGAGUGUGAAGAAAACCAACGCGAUCGAGGAUGAGCGCGUCCAGGCUAGCAUGGUCGCAUUAGAGAAGCCUCCUGCCACAGGCGAAGAGGACGAAACCGUCCUCUCCGAGCUCAAAGGCGUCAAGCUCUUCGUCAAGCGCGGCGCGCGCGAGUUCAGCGACGGCAUCUUUGGGCACAUCAAGGUCCUCUCGCACACUGAGUCCGCCAAGGAUCGUCUUUUGUUCCGCCGCGACCCGCUCGGCCAGGUCUCGCUCAACACUGGGCUGCGGCCAACCGUGCGCUGUCUGUACGACGCGAAGGAGAACACGCUGCGCGUGAUUCUGAAGGAGACAGUCGGGGCUGAGGGGAAAGAGGACGUUGUUAUCUACGCCAUGAAGCCCGGAAGAGCCGGAAAAGCCGACUUCAAGGGCUUCGCGGAGAGCUUGAUUGCGAACAAGCAUCUCAGUGCCGAGAAGUCCAGGGAGGCGGCGGCGUGAACUGCGUCUUCGGUGUAGUGCUAGAGGCCAGUUCUCCGAGCGCGGAGACGGAGUCGCGAACGCGGGCCGCUAUCUAUGGCUGAGGACGUGUCAGACCGCAGACUGAGUCUGCUGACGCACACACGCCAGAGGCAAGAGAGAGAGAGGACGCCGCGUAGAGGAAGGGGUCGUCGGUGUUGCGCGACGCAACGCAGGACGUGGAACACACGAGAAGAGGAGUCAAAAGGUGCCUCGAAAUGACGAGGAGCGAUGGUGAUUAUGU